AUGCCAGGCCCUUUCCCGGGAGCCCCGCCUAGGCCCCGCCCCGCCCCGGCCGCAGCCCCGCCCCGGCCCCGCCCGCGCGCCUUGCAGCGCGCCCACACUCAGAGCCCGAGCUGCGGUCGCUCAUCUGACCCGAGCCACAGCGGCCGGAGAUGCAGCGGGGUGCCGCGCUGUGCCUGCGCCUGUGGCUCUGCCUCGGACUGCUCGACUGCGAGCUUGGUGAGCCCUCCGCCGGCCCCAGUGUACAGCUGGCCACGAGGGGGGACGUUUUCCCUGGGCAAAUGGUGGGACCUCACCGAUGGGAGACGGGCGGGGGACAGGGCCCGCGGGACACUCCGGCACGAGACAGGGUUGGGAACCAGGGAUUCAGACACCGGAAGGAGCACGGCGAGUCGGGCCGGGCUUGCCGGGAUGAGGGAAGGGUGGGGACGGGGCGCGGGGCUGCACCGCAGCUUAGAGGUGGUGCUCAGUCCCCGACUGCGCUCCAAAGUCUGUGGCUCAGCUCCCUUGGACCUGGGCCCCUUCGCGCUGCACCCUCAGCCUGGAUCCUUCGCUUGCUUACACGCUUUCCCGCGGAGUUCAGGAACCUCUGCGCUCGAGAUCGGUCCUCCAGAGGGAACUCUGGUUGGUGUCUACCUUCCCCAGGCCAAGGACUGCGGGGGCAGGGGCUCGGGAUCGUGGGAGAUAGCCGCCGUGUGGCGGAUUGGGCGCAGGUGUCUGUUGGAACUUGAGGAGAAUCUUGAGUCGGCAACUCGCCUGGCGAGUGGCUACUCCAUGACCCCCCCAACCCUGAACAUCACAGAGGAGACACACGUCAUCGACUCCAGUGACAGCCUGUCCAUCUCCUGCAGGGGGCAGCACCCCCUGGAGUGGGCCUGGCCAGGGGCUCAGGAUGCACCAGCCGCCGGGGAGAAGGACGGCGAGGACAUGGGGAUCGUGCGAGACUGUGAGGGCACAGGUGCCCGGCCCUACUGCAAGGUUCUGCUGCUGCAGCAGGCCCACGCCAAUGACACGGGCAGCUACCGCUGCUACUACAAGUAUAUCAAGGCUCGCAUUGAGGGCACCACUGCGGCCAGCACCUACGUAUUUGUGAGAGACUUGGAGCAGCCAUUCAUCAACAAACCGGACACACUCCUGGUCAACAGGAAGGACUCCAUGUGGGUGCCCUGCCUGGUGUCCAUCCCCGGCCUCAACGUCACGCUGCGCUCGCAAAGCUCAGCACUGUGGCCUGAUGGGCAGGAGGUGGUGUGGGACGACCGCCGGGGCAUGCGUGUGCCCACUCCCCUGCUGCGCGAUGCCCUGUACCUGCAAUGUGAGACCACUUGGGGCGGCCAGGCCUUCCUAUCCAACCCCUUCCUCGUGCAUAUCACAGGAAAUGAGCUCUAUGACAUCCAGCUGUUCCCCAAGAAAUCACUGGAGCUGCUGGUUGGGGAAAAGCUGGUCCUGAACUGCACGGUGUGGGCUGAGUUCAAUUCGGGUGUCACCUUCGACUGGGACUAUCCAGGAAAGCAGGCAGAGCGGGGUAAGUGGGUGCCGGAGCGGCGAUCCCAGCAGACUCACACAGAGCUCUCCAGCAUCCUCACCAUCCACAACGUCAGCCAGCACGACUUGGGCCCAUAUGUGUGUCUGGCCAACAAUGGCAUCCAGCAAUUCCAGGAGAGCACUGAGGUCAUUGUGCAUGAAAAGCCCUUCAUCAGCGUCGAGUGGCUCAAGGGUCCCAUCCUGGAGGCCACGGCAGGAGACGAGCUGGUGAAACUGCCCGUGAAGCUGGCAGCAUACCCCCCGCCGGAGUUCCAAUGGUACAAGGACAGAAAGGCAGUGUCAGGGCGCCAUAGUCCACACGUUCUGGUGCUCAAGGAGGUGACAGAAGCCAGUGCGGGCAUCUACACCCUCGCCCUGUGGAACUCUGCAGCCGGCCUGAGGCGCAACAUCAGCCUGGAGCUGGUGGUAAAUGUGCCUCCCCACAUCCACGAGAAGGAGGCCUCCUCCCCCAGCAUCUACUCCCGCCAUAGUCGCCAGGCCCUCACCUGUACUGCCUAUGGAGUGCCCCCUCCUCUCAGCAUCCAGUGGCACUGGCGGUCGUGGACGCCCUGCAAGACCUUCACCCAGCGCAGCCUCCAGCGGCGGCAGCAGCGAGACCAAAUGCCACAGUGCCAGGACUGGAGGGAGGUGACCAUGCAGGAUGCUGUGAACCCCAUUGAGAGCCUGGACACCUGGACUGAGUUUGUGGAGGGAAAAAAUAAGACGGUGAGCAAGCUGGUGAUCCAGGACGCCAAUGUGUCUGCCAUGUACAAGUGCGUGGUCUUCAACAAAGUGGGCCAGGAUGAGCGGCUCAUCUACUUCUACGUGACCACCAUCCCCGAUGGCUUCAGCAUAGAAUCGGAGCCAUCAGAAGAUCCUCUAGAGGGACAGGCCGUGCGCCUGAGCUGCCGGGCCGACAACUACACUUAUCAGCAUUUGCGCUGGUACCGCCUCAACCUGUCCACGUUGCAUGACGCUCACGGGAACCCACUGCUGCUCGACUGCAAGAACGUGCACCUAUUCGCCACGCCGCUGGCCGCCAGCCUGGAGGAGGCGGUGCCCGAGGCUCGCCACGCCACGCUCAGCCUGACCAUCCCCAGCGUGGCACCGGAACACGAAGGCGACUAUGUGUGCGAGGUGCAGGACCGGCGCAGCCACGACAAGCACUGCCACAAGAAGUACCUGUCAGUGCAGGCCCUGGAAGUCCCGCGGCUCACGCAGAACUUGACCGACCUCCUGGUGAAUGUGAGCGAUUCCUUGGAGAUGAGGUGCCCAGUGGCCGGGGCACACAUGCCCAGCAUCGUGUGGUACAAAGAUGAGAGGCCCCUGGAGGAAGAGUCCGGAAUCGACCUGGUGGACUCGAACCAGAGGCUGAGCAUCCAGCGCGUACGCGAGGAGGAUGCCGGGCGCUAUCUGUGCAGUGUGUGCAACGCCAAGGGCUGUGUCAACUCCUCUGCCAGUGUGGCCGUGGAAGGCUCCGAGGAUAAAGGCAACAUGGAGAUCGUGAUCCUUAUUGGCACCGGGGUCAUCGCCGUCUUCUUCUGGGUCCUCCUCCUCCUCAUCUUCUGUAACAUGAGGAGGCCAACCCAUGCAGACAUCAAGACCGGCUACUUGUCCAUCAUCAUGGACCCUGGGGAAGUGCCUUUGGAGGAGCAGUGUGAAUACCUGUCCUAUGAUGCCAGUCAGUGGGAGUUCCCCAGGGAACGGCUGCACCUUGGGAGAGUCCUCGGCCAUGGGGCCUUUGGGAAGGUGGUGGAAGCCUCGGCCUUUGGCAUCAACAAGGGCAGCAGCUGUGACACUGUGGCCGUGAAAAUGCUGAAAGAGGGCGCCACAGCCAGCGAGCACCGUGCCCUGAUGUCAGAGCUCAAAAUCCUAAUCCACAUCGGUAACCAUCUCAAUGUGGUCAACCUCCUGGGGGCUUGCACCAAGCCCAACGGCCCCCUCAUGGUGAUUGUGGAGUUUUGCAAGUACGGCAACCUCUCCAACUUCUUGCGCGCCAAGCGGGAGGCCUUCAACCCCUACGCGGAGAAGUCCCUUGAGCAACGAAGGCGCUUCUGCUCCAUGGUGGAGGGUGCCAAGGCUGACUGGAGGAGGCCAGGGAGCAGCGACAGGGCCCUCCUCACAAGGCUCCUGAUGGGCAAGGGUGGGGCAGGACGAGCCCCUCCGGUCCAAGAAGCUGAGGACCUGUGGCUGAGCCCACUGACCAUGGAAGACCUUGUCUGCUACAGCUUCCAGGUGGCCCGAGGGAUGGAGUUCCUGGCCUCUCGCAAGUGCAUCCACAGAGACCUGGCUGCUCGGAACAUCUUGCUGUCAGAAAGUGACGUGGUGAAGAUCUGUGACUUCGGCCUGGCCCGGGACAUCUACAAAGACCCUGACUACGUGCGCAAAGGCAGUGCCCGACUGCCCCUGAAGUGGAUGGCCCCCGAGAGCAUCUUCGACAAGGUGUACACCACACAGAGUGAUGUGUGGUCCUUUGGGGUGCUGCUCUGGGAGAUCUUCUCCCUGGGGGCCUCCCCAUACCCUGGGGUGCAGAUCAAUGAGGAGUUCUGCCAACGGCUGAAAGAAGGCACCCGGAUGAGGGCCCCAGAGCUGGCCACUCCUGCCAUACGCCGCAUCAUGCUGAGCUGCUGGGCUGGAGACCCCAAAGAGAGGCCCGCAUUCUCAGAUCUGGUGGAGAUCCUGGGGGACCUGCUUCAGGGCAGGGGCCAUCAGGAAGAGGAGGACUGCGUGGUUUCCUGUGGCUCUCAGAGCUCAGAGGAGGGCAGCUUCUUGCAGGCGUCCACAACAGCCCUGCAUGUCAUGGAGACUGAUGCUGACAUGGAGGACAGCCCACCGAGCCUGCACCGGCACAGCCUGUCUGCCAGAUAUUAUAAUUGUGUGUCCUUUCCGGGAUGCCUUGCCAGGGGGACUCAGACCCAGGGUCCCUUCAGGAUGAAAACGUUCGAAGAAUUUCCCAUGACCCUGACAACCUACAAGGCCUCAGUGGAUAGCCAGACGGACAGUGGGAUGGUGCUGGCCUCCGAGGAAUUUGAGCGGCUGGAGAGCAGGCACAGGCAAGAAAGUGGGCUCAGCUGUAAAGGACCAGGCAGGAAUAUGGAUGUGACCAUGGCACACCCUGACCCCCCAGGGAGGCGGCAGAGGCCAGACCCAGGGACCCAGGGCCAGGUGUUCUACAACAGCGAGUACGGGGAGCUGGCAGGGCCACCAGAGGAGAGCGACGGCAUCCCAUCUGCCCAAGUGCCCUUCUUCACAGACAGCAGUUACUAA